GUAAAGUGAAGCUUAUGAACUUGGACUGAUUCUCUUUAGAUUCUCAAUUGUCCACCAUAAACUCACCUUCCAACCAAACCUCCAAACAAAAUUUUCACCAACCCAUUCCAUCUUCCUUUUCAACACCUUCAUCUUUUAUCAAUCCUCACAUAUUUAUGUCUCCAAUCUCCAUGUCAUUCUCAAGUUUGAUCUCAACAAGUUUGUGAGUCUUUGCUCAUCUCAGUGUUUUUUUUGUUCUUGUUUUACUUGAUUUUUAUCAAUGAUUAUUGCUUGAGAAGUAGUGGUAUUAGAAGAGAAGAAGAUCAUGUCAGCAAACAUGGAAACAAGGAGGUUCCUCAUUUAUGUUGUCUCUUUGUCUAUUUUCUUGUUGCUCCUCUCUUGUUUCAUUCUAUUCAAGUCAAGUACUAGUAGUUCUUUAGUUCCUGAAUCUGUUCUUAUGUUUAUGCUUGUCAAUAACUCAUCAAUAGUCACUUCAAAACCUCAACAUCAUGCACUUGAUCAUCAACAACCUGCAACAUUUGUUACUACUUUGAUUGAUCAUGGGAAACCAAUUGCUGAUACUGAUUUGGAGUUGAUAGAACAAGUUGAAGUAGAUGAAUGUUUGCAGAGUAAAGAAGGUGGUUUGCUCAGGGUUUAUAUGUAUGAUUUGCCUUCUGAGUUUCAUUUUGGAUUAUUGGGAUGGAAGGGGAGAAGUGGUCAGAUAUGGCCUGAUGUCAACAAUGGCAAGGAUGUCCCUAGUUACCCUGGUGGAUUGAAUCUGCAACACAGUGUUGAGUAUUGGCUGACACUAGAUCUUUUAUCUUCGAACUCUACCGGCAUUGAUAGGCCUAGGACUGUAAUUAGAGUUAUGAAUUCUAGAUGUGCUGAUGUGAUUUUUGUGCCGUUUUUCGCUUCUGUGAGUUACAAUCGGCAUUCUAGACGACAAUUGAAGGAGAAAGUUCAAACGAAUACGUUACUGCAAUAUAAAUUGGUGAAGUUCUUGUUGGAACAAGAGGAGUGGAAGAGAUCGGGAGGGAAAGAUCAUGUAAUUGUUGCUCAUCAUCCGAAUAGUUUAUUGGAUGCUCGGAAAAAACUUGGUGCUGCAAUGUUAAUACUUGCAGACUUUGGGAGGUAUCGAGCUGACGUUGCAAACCUCAAGAAGGAUUUGAUUGCUCCUUACAAGCAUGUCGUUCGAACACUUGGCGACAACUCUCCCUCCUUCGAUGACCGCCCUUUGCUUGGUUACUUCCAGGGAGCGAUCCAACGGAAGGAUGGUGGCUUCAUCCGGCAAGAACUAUAUCAGCUUCUCAAAGAUGAGAAGGAUGUACACUUUUCAUAUGGGAGUGUCCGAGCGCAUGGAAUCAGUAAAGCAGGCCAAGGAAUGGCAUCAUCGAAAUACUGUUUUAAUAUCGCUGGAGAUACACCCUCUUCAAACAGACUAUUUGAUGCCAUUGUCAGUCAUUGUGUACCAGUCAUCAUCAGUGAUGACAUUGAACUCCCUUUUGAGGAUGUCCUAGACUAUUCAGAGUUUUGCAUCUUUGUGCGCACAUCGGAUGCUGUGAAGAAAGGUUUUCUAAUGAAUCUACUGAGAGGAAUCAGUCGCAACAAGUGGACCAUGAUGUGGCAAAGGUUGAAACAAUUAGCUCAUCAUUUUGAGUAUCAGUAUCCGUCGAAGCAAGGAGAUGCUGUUCAGAUGAUCUGGGAAGCUAUUGCUCGGAAAGUACCCUCUGUUCGCUUACAACUUCAUAAGCAUUACAGAUUCAACCGAGCAGAUCACCAUAAAGAUUGAUUUCUAAUUUCAAUCAAUCUAAUGCCUAAUCUCUAAAUGUUACACUUUGUAUACACAUCGAUUGCACUUCAUAAAUAAUCAACUACUAGUGCUUGGCUGAUCAUAUAAUCUAUUGAAUUUUUUAUUACAAGCUAUUUUAGUUACUAUCUCUUUGGAAUGAAAUGAAGAGGAAAUCUGCCAUUCUCUGAAGCCAACAAAAGAAAG